AUGAAAGAUAAGCAUGCUUUAGAGCAGUGGGAGCAUUUUGUUCAAGAAGCCAAUAGGCCCAAUAUACUUAAAGAACCAUGGAGGGCAACCAGUACUAGCCGUCUUUGUAGCGACCACUUCCAAGUAACAGAUUACAUCACCCCUCCUUCAGUGAAUGGGUCAUGUCGACUAAAAAAGUAUGUCAUACCAUCAAAGUCCCAUGACACGGCAACCAUGUUGUUUACAAUACCCAACAAAACAAGAUGCAGGCUGGACCUGUCGAACAAGAGACCAAUCCCCACAACUGAUUUGGAAAACCUCUCGCCUCCAGAAAAAAUCGCCAAAACUGCAUCUACAGAAGAAAAAAGAGAUGAGUUACAAACAAAACUUAGACAAAAAAUUCGCAACUUACAACAGCAAUUACGAAGGUCAAAACAGAAAGUCAAAACUAUGAACGAAGCCAUCAAAGUGUUGGAAGAAAGAUCACUGAUAACUUCAAAAGAAGCAGAAAGUCUGCAAUCAACAUUUGAAAAUAAACAUCUUCAAUUUCUAUAUAAUUUCAAAAACUUAAAGGCAUCACCAUCAGGAAGGAGAUAUUCGGAUGAAAUAAAAGAGUUUGCUGUGACUUUAUACUUUUACUCACCGAAAGCAUACAAAUAUGUUAGAUCCAUUAUCCCAUUGCCAAACCAAUCUUUGAUACGAAAAUGGUCAACUUCGUUUAAAUGUGACCCAGGCUUCAUAGAAGAAGCAUUCACAUCCCUGUCUGAUUUAAUCUCUGGUUCACCAAUUAACAAGGACUGCUGUUUGGUAAUCGAUGCAAUGUCCAUUCGUAAGCAGACACUCUGGGAUGCUGAAAAAGAUCGGUACUCAGGAUUUGUUGAUCUUGGUGAUGAAAUUCAUAAUGAUAAGUCAGCAACACUGGCUUCUGAGGCAUUAGUUUUUCUGUUGGUCGGAACAAGAAGUCAUUGGAAAUGUCCCAUCGGAUACUUUUUAGGAGAUAAAAUCAGCGCCAAAGACCAGGCAAAAUUAGUAUCGAAAUCAUUGGAAAUGGCAGCAAAGGCUGGACUGAAGGUAUGGUCGGUGACAGCGGAUGGCACAGCAGUCAACCUUAGAACAUUUGAAAUUCUCGGUUGUAGUUUUAAUGGCAGUUACGAUGAGAUGACCACUUCAAUUAUUCAUCCAACUACUGGUGAAGAUGUUUUUAUCAUUCUUGACCCCUGCCACAUGCUUAAACUUGCUCGUAAUGCUUUGGCACACCUCGGGACCAUUGUUGAUGGUGAGGGAAAUGUGAUAAGGUGGCACCACAUUGAGGAACUUCAAAAGUUACAAGAAGUGGAAGGACUGAAUCUGGGUAACAAACUUUCCCCAAAUCACCUGAAAUUUCAAAAACACAAAAUGAAUGUUAGACUAGCAGCACAAACAUUAAGUUCUUCAGUGGCUAAUGCUGUAGAAUUCCUGGACAAAUCAAUGAAGUUGUCCAGUUUUCACGAUAGUCAUGGUACAGUUAUAUUUAUCCGCACAAUCGACCGGUUAUUUGACAUGCUGAAUUCUCGUAACCCAAUCGCUAAAGGUUUCAAGACACCCCUUCAUCCGAAAGCCAAGGACACAUGGGAAGAAAUCUUAAUGUCAACAGCAGACUAUCUACUGUCGUUGAAAACAAGUGCACCUACAGGUCAACUACUUUCCACCUCGCAACGUAAAACAUUUGUAAUUGG